AAAAAUGUCGGCAUGAAGGACAGAGUAAUAGCAAAUUAUGGAACGGUUCAAAAUGUUAAUUCGAAAAAUAGCGAGAAAAAAGGAAUUGAACGCUAUGGUACAAAUAAACUGAGGAGUUGGGAAUUGGCAAUUAUUGUUCUAUUUUCCUGUAUGGGUUGUAUGGCAGCCAUGGCAACUAGAAACUUUACUAGCGGAUUCUAUUUUGAGUUCUUAAAGAAGAGGAAUUUAAACAGCACCAUCGGUACCAUUGCGAUCUCGAUGACACUUAUUACUACAGCGGUGAGUCCGUAUCUGUUUCGGUUCUUUCCAAAGGCCAUAACACAAAGUCCUGUCAUCACAAGAUGUGCAGUACUGUUCUUUCUCAAUGCACUUUUUCUAGCCCUGAUGGGAGUUCUAGACGUGGUUUUGGAGAGGUAUCCGGAUGGUCGACUGGCGUUCGUAAUAAUUUCCGUAUUGAGGUCACUCCAGGGAUUGACAACUGGCUUGCUAGUAUUGCUUUUGCAGGGAGAAAUGGUAGACCUCUAUCUGCAAGAAUACAAAAUUCUCAUAAUAAUAAUAAGCUGUUCCAUGCACGUAGCAAACAUCAUCUCAAGUAUUCUAGCAGCGCAACUGUACUCAUGGGGAGGGUGGCUGUUUGUCGGACUAGGAUUAGCAGCUUUUACCUGCCUACCCUUGUUCCUAAUACCGGCAAUCAAAGUGGUCCAAAGACGGGCCCAGAGUAUUGAUAACAAAAGACUUCUUGAAAAUGCAGGCUCUCUUGAAGAUUUUGUUGACUCCCAAAAAGGGAGUGACAGGAUUAGCUGUAUCAGGAAAAUAGCAUUCUACAUGCCUGAGAUAGCACUAUUCCUGAACAAUGUUUUAUACAAUAUCCUCAUUUUCAACCUUACAGAGAGAAUUUUUACAUUCUCGGGUAAGGAUUUCGACACUGCAGUUCUAUUAAUGAAUAGUCUUAAUGUCUUCGCUCUUAUCUCCGCACUUGUACUUGCAUAUAUUACUGACAAGAAGUUGAAUGUUUUUUCUGCAAUGAUUUUUGGGAACGUUGCUUUUCAUACCGGAUAUAUUUUUACUUUUGGGUCCACAACCAAGUUUUCAUUCCUACAAUUCCCAUACGGUUUCGAAGUAGGUUCUGUGUUGGUAGGAAUAGGAGAUGCUGCAGUUGCAAACCUAUCCAUAAUGAGCAAAUUCGUCCUCUAUGAAAGAUGGGGUCUACCAACCAAAGGUUUGGGAGUUCGAUCAACUGCAGUCAACAAUCUGGCAAUAAACUUAUCUGUUGCAUUAGGAAUAGUACUGUCAGGUUUUACUUUGUCUAGAGAAAGCGAAGUUCCUGUCCUGGGAGGCGGAGCAGGAGUAUUUAUACUGGUUGGUAUUGGACUUAUAUUGUGUAGGGUUGUUAAAUAGACUGUGUUAACUUUGAGAGCCUCAACAAUCAUACCUAUAUUUAUAUAUAUUAUAUAUAAUAUUCUAUCACACUUAAUCUUAGAAACUAAUAUCAAUUCUGUUUGAGUCCUAUAUUUCAACUUCACUGUAGAGUGCACGCCAUAUUUGAUGAAUGUGACCUUGUUAAAGAGCAAUUUUCGGAUAUGAAAAUAAUUUACUAAUCACAUUUUCUAAUGUUUAGUAACCAAUUUUUUUGCAAUAAUUGUUGCAAUUAUUAAAUUUAAUAGUUUAUACGCGAUGUGUGUAUCAGGUUUGAUUUUUUACAUUAUGAGAAUUUUAGAAACAUAUGGUGUAGUUAAAAUUAUUGCAAUUAUUCAUUUCUGAGUAAACAUUGA